UCCAACUCCAAAUAGACUUUGGGAUUCUUGAGGAGCCAUCAUCUCGUCAAGAUCCAAUAUCGUCGUUUUCACCACAAGCACUAUUGAUGAACAAUAUUUUUGAAAGAAAUCUUAUUCAUGGCAAUAAAACAAAGGUUAGAACACCUUUUUCCGCGGUAUACUUGGCUGCUGGGUUGUCUUCUCGUUUUGGAUAUCGUAUCAAGUGUUUGCAGGAAGUAGGAAGAUUAGGAGAAACCCUUCUGGAAUUAUCAAUUCGGCAACUUACAAAAUAUGGACUAAGUGACAUAAUUAUUGUGGUGAGCCGUUCAACUUAUCCCAAGGUGCAUCUUGUCGCUGGAGACGCAUUUCAAGGAGUUCCAAUAACAUAUUGCUUCCAAGAAACUCCCAACCAUCGAAAGAAACCUUUAGGCACUGUUCAUGCUUUGCUUUGUGCAAAGGAUGUGAUUGAUAAAGCUUUUAUCGUAUUAAACGGCGACACUUUGUAUGGCGAACACGCCAUCUGCAACAUGGUACAACACAUUCAGUCGAAUGAAAUUCCUUGUAUGCCUGGUUACAGACUAGAAGAUGUUCUUCCCCGUGAGGGCAAGGUGAAUAGAGCCAUUGUGAAUACAGAGCAUAAUUGGUUAGUCAAUAUUGUGGAGCACUACGAUAUUUCUAUGGAAGAUAUUCAAAAUGGACUUUAUACUGGAAAUGAGUUGACUUCGAUGAAUAUAUUUGCUUUUCGACCCGACGUUUUUAGUUAUAUGGAAAACAAGCUGAGAGUUUGGUUGGAACAGAAUCGUCAUGAACCAAGCAAGGAAUAUAUAUUGUCCACUAUGUUGAAUGAUUUGUAUCCAGAAACUGGCAAGCGCACACGUGUAUUUGAAACAGGAAAUGUUCCGUUAGAACUGACCAAUCCCGAAGACUUUGGAUAUGUGAAGAAUAAUCUGGAUUUAGUUGGAUUUUAGUCAAUCUUGAAUGAAAAACUAUUUUGAUAUGAAACAUGCUUAAAUGUAAAUACAUGAAAAG